AUGAAGGAACAGGAGAACUGGUGUCCGGAGAAAAGAUGUUUGUACAAGGUGAUACUAUUCAUGCUGUUGGUAUUGCUGCUACUGCCUCUGGCUGUGUGGGGUCUUCCUGUUGCUCAGUGUAAUAUCAGUGACCCUCUUCUCACUAAGCACAAGUAUUAUCAGUCUGGACGCCUCAUCAUUGCUGGCAUCAUUUCUCAGAUCUACACAUUUUCCAACCCUGUAGACUUCAAAAGACAUCCUUCUCAUGAACUCCUUGAUGAACUCGUCCAUUUCACUGCAAGAGAGACCUAUCUGGCCUCACUGGAACUUCUCUCCACACGUGGCAGAUUCAUUCCAAACUACAAGUGUGAUGUGCAGGAUAAUGCUGUAGCUGUCAUUGGUGGUCCUAACUCAGAUGUGUGUCUUUUCAUGGGAACCAUUCUGUUUAUCUACAAUAUCCCACAGCUUGGAUUUGGCUCUGCUCCAGUGAUGAAUGACCAAACCCAAGGUGCUUUCUUCCAGAGGAUGUUUCCUAGUGUGGAUCACCAGUAUACAGGGAUUCUCCAAUUGCUAUUGUUUUUCAGGUGGACAUGGAUUGGGGUGGUCUUUAUAAAUGAUGACAAUGGACAGAGGUUUCUACAGACUGUGCUUCCUGAGUUUUCUCAGAAUGGUAUCUGCUUUGAUUUCAUAAAACCUUUACCAAUCGUCUAUUUUGCCACUGACGUUCAUGACAUGGUGGCCAAGUGGACUGAAAUUUACAAGGUUAUUAUGGAUAGUACUGCUAAUACUGUGGUCUUACAUGGCGAAAUUCAUACUAUGAUAUUUUUGAGAAUGUUUCCCCGGGUUUCAGAAUAUGAGAACAUAACAAUGAAGGCAAAAGUCUGGAUUAUGUCAGCCCAGAUGGAAUUCACAUCAGUCUCCUUUCAGAAUACUUGGGGCAUAGAUAUCAUCCACGGUGCUAUAUCCAUAGCAGUUCACUCAACGGAGGUCUUAGGAUUCCAGAAAUUUCUUCAGAUGACAAAUCCUACUUUGGAAAACAAAGAUGCCUUUAGGAAGGUCUUCUGGGAAAUGGCAUUCAACUGUUACUUCCCCGACUCUGAGGGAGAUGAGCCGGGUGGCAAAGUUUGCACUGGGGACGAGAAGCUGGAGAGCCUCCCUAGGUCUGUUUUUGAAAUGAGCCUGACUGGCCACAGCUACAGUGUCUAUAAUGCGGUCUAUGCUGUGGCACACGCUUUGCAAUCCAUGCACUUUUUCAAAUUCAAAAACAGACCAGUGGCAGCAGGAGGGAUUCAGGAGUUUCUGAAGCAACAGCCAGGGCAGCUUUAUUAUUACCUUAGAAGGGUCUCAUUUAACAACAGCGCUGGAGAAAAGGUUUCCUUUGAUCCAAAUGGGGAAUUAAUAGCUGGAUUUGAUGUUAUCAACUGGGUGACAUUCCCAAACCAGUCCUUUCUUAGAGCCAAAAUUGGAAAGGUAGACGCUAUCGCCCCCAAAGACAAAAUGUUGAGCGUUUUGGUGGAUGAGAUUAUAUGGCCCAGCGCAUUUAACCAGGUGCAGCCCCCUUCUCUGUGUAAUGACUUUUGCCAUCCAGGUUAUAGCAAGUCCAAGAAGGAAGGGGAACCAUUUUGCUGCUAUGAUUGUCUUCCAUGCCCCAAAGGGAAAAUUUCCAACCUGACUGACAUGGAUGACUGUUGGCAAUGUCCAGAAGAUCAAUAUGCCAACCACGACCAGAAUUUAUGCAUUCCAAAAAACGUAACCUUCUUGUCAUACGAAGAACCUCUGGGAAUUAGUUUGGCCAUUUUUGCUCUUUCCUUUUGUUUCACCGCAGCUUUGGUGCUGGGGAUCUUCAUUAAACACAACAAUAGUCCCAUUGUCAAAGCCAACAACCGAAGCCUCACCUACACUCUCCUCAUCUCCCUCUUGCUCUCCUUCCUUUGUGCUCUGCUAUUCAUUGGCCAGCCAGAGAAGGUGACAUGUCUCCUUCGACAAACUGCUUUCAGCAUCAUCUUCUCCAUGGCAGUUUCUUGCAUAUUGGCCAAAACAACCAUAGUGAUUUUAGCUUUCAUGGCCACCAAGCCAGGGUCUAGUAUGAGGAGAUGGGUAGGGAAAAGACUGGCCAUUUCGGUGGUUCUUUCAUGCUCCCUGAUUCAAGCCAUUCUUUGUACUGUGUGGCUGGCAACCUCUCCCCCAUUCCCAGAUUUUGACAUGCACUCAAUGACUGAGUGCAUUGUAUCAGAAUGCAAUGAAGGUUCAGUCACCAUGUUCUAUUGUGUCCUGAGCUACUUGUGCUUGCUGGCCAUUGUCAGCUUUAGUCUGGCUUUCCUAGCUAGGAAGUUGCCUGACAGUUUUAAUGAAGCUAAGUUCAUCACCUUCAGCAUGUUAGUCUUUUGCAGUGUUUGGCUGACCUUUGUCCCAACCUACCUGAGCACCAAAGGAAAAUACACAGUAGCUGUGGAGAUCUUCUCCAUCUUGGCCUCCAGUGCUGGGUUACUGGGCUGUAUAUUUCCCCCCAAGUGCUAUAUCAUUGUAAUAAAGCCUGAGCUGAACAGCAAGGUGCAUCUAGUAAGAAGAAGAAAAUGA